AUGGAUCCUGUGAACGAUUCGCUGCAGGCUGUCAUCUUUCUGCUAGACCUAAAGGAACGUUUGCGCGCCCGUACCGCCGGCUUGUCGACAGCUGACGCAGUCGAAGCCCGCCUGCGCGCGCUGGGCGGGGCCUGCGCCGCAGAUCGCGUCGUCCUGGUGCCUGACCAUGCCUGGCUUGCGCUUGCGCGGGGCCUGGGCGGCGACACCCUCAGCAGGCGCAGCUGCUUCUUCGCGGUGGCGCAGCUUGUGUGCCAGUCGCAGGAGCGCCUGGCGGCGGCGGUGCGCUGCGAGCCGCUGAUGGCGGCUGUUGCCCGCGACCUGCUGACAGCGCACACCAGGCCGCGAUCUGAAUGUUUUAAGCUAGCGGACCACCCUUACGUGUGGUUUGACCAGUCCGAUGCCGCAGUCGCCGCGGCGGUACGCCACUGCGGCGGCGCCGCGGGACUGGUGGGGGCGUGCGUCGCGCUCCUCGCGGGCAACCUCCCGGCGGCCAUGGCGGCGUGCGCCGUGGGCCCGCAGGUCGCGGGGCAGCGCGUGCGCAGUUCAGGGAAUGGCUCCGAGGUCGCAAGGGAGUCGGCACUGAUGGAAGCGACGCGCACGCUGAUGCUGCUGCUGCUGUUCGCUCGCGCAAGAGAAGACGUCGCGGCCGCCGUGGCGGGCGGCAGCGCUCCGGGCGUGCUCGUGGGCCUGCUCUCCUGGAAGGGGGCCGAUGCGGCGUUUGUGAGGCAGAAUGCUGCACAGCUCGUGUUGGUGGUGGCUCACCACCGCGAGCAGCUGGUGGCCGCCGCGCCCGGCCUGGCCCGGGCCCUGGCGGGCGUGCUCGCCGCCUGCUGCGGAGAGAAGCGGGACGGCCUUGCAGCGCUGUUUGCGCUCGGCGAGUUGGCAGACGAUCAGGGCAAACGAGGGACUGAAUACGUGGGGGCGGCCAUCGUCGACGCGCCUGGAGCAGUGGCGGCGCUGCUUCGGCAGUCCCGUAGUGGCACCACGAAUCAGCGCACGCUCGUCCUCGCGUUGCUGGGGGCAGCGUUCGCACACGACCCCCGCAGCACCGCUCAUGCGGUCCUGGCGGAGCGCCAUGCAGUCACUGCGCUGCUGUCUGCCGUGUGGGGCGAGUCCAGGGCGCCUGGGCGCCAGCAGACCAUAUCUGCACUGCUGACCGCCCUGGAGGUGUACAAGCCCCAGGCAUUUGCCACGGCCCUGCGCGCCGAGCCGGGCGCGGCCCCCGCGGCCGCCCGCCUCCUGGCGGCGGACUACCGCGAGGCGGUACCCGCGGCCCUGAGAGCCCUCGAGGUGCUGGCGGGCGGCGCCGCGUCCAGGGCGGCCGCUGCGGCGGCGCUCGAGGCCGUGGCGGCCCAGGAUGGGGAGGUGCUGGCGAGCCUGUCCUGGGCGCUCGGUGGCGGCAGGCUCCGGAGUGGCUGCACCAGCAGCGCGUCUGAAGGAGACUGCAGCGCCAGUGGUGGCGCCUUCAGUCGCAGCAGCGGGGGCAGCAGCAGCAGCAGCAGCAGCAGCAGUACGAUGGGCAGCAUCGCCAGCAGCCUGCUGAGCAGGCAGAUUGGAGGCGCCGCUGUUGACAGUGCCUUUGCCUGGAAGCGCGCGGCUGCCCACGCCGUUAUGCUGCUGUCGGAGCGCUUUGACCCCGCCAAGCUUUGCGAGACGGCCGGCCUGCUGAGGAGCCUGGGCGCUCUGCUGGAGCCCGGGCUUGUUGCGAGCGAAGCGCGCCAGGCGUGCGGCUAUGCAGCGGCCGCGGUGGAGCAGCUGGUGCGCCGCGCCGGCGGCACUGCGGCCGCCGCGCUGUUGCGAGAGAGCCCUGGCAUUGUCCACCGGCUUGCCCGCAAUGCGGUCUGA